GACAGCAAUGAAUGUCGGUCUGCGGACGGUCGAGGGAGGAAAUCGAGGAGAGGAGAGACGGCGGCCAUUCGACGGGCUACCAAGCAAGUGGCAAGUCGGUGUGAAGCCAGACGGUCGCAUUUUCUUUAUCAACGACGAGACGCGCUCGACGAGCUGGCUCGACCCGCGAACGAACACGCCAAUCAACACAACGAAGGAGCGAAUCGAAGGUUUGCCAACAGGCUGGGAAGAGGCAACAACCGCUGAAGGAGUCUACUACUUCAUCGAUCAUAAUCGAAUGAGAACGACGUUUAAUAGCCCUCUGACGGGAAAGCCGAAGGAUUUAGAGAGAUGCGGCUCCGAUGGGUCACUAGAUGCGAGUCCAUCACCACAGCGGAUUCAGCGUGCGACGUCCAGCGACUUAGACGGAGCCCUUAGAAAAAUAACUACAAAGAAGUUACUGGGAAUAUUGAAGAGGGAUCCCGAUGCAAAUGUUACGUUAUCUGGUUGGCUGCAUAAGCAGUCGUCUCGACCGCCUAGAACAUGGAAGAAACGUUGGUUUGUCCUGAGUGAAUACUGUCUCUUCUAUUACAAAUCUCCGUCUGAGGGUCAGGCACAUGCUAGAAUUUUGCUUCCUGGAUAUGAGAUUACACCAGUAACAAGAGAGGACAAAAUUGGCAAGAAAUUUGCCUUCAAGGCUGCUCAUGCUGGCAUGAGAACGUACUACUUCGCUGGUGACAGCAAAGAGACAGCAAUGAAAUGGAUUAACAAGAUGACUUUAGCCACUCUGAUGAUGAAAGACGAGCAGAUCCAAGGCAAUUAUUCAGAGAGUCCUGAUGGUCAAAACUCUCCUCACUCGCAGAGAAGUGGAGAGUACGAGAUGCCAGUACUUUGUGGUGUGCAGGCAUUCGAUGAUUCAGAUUCAGUUUCCGGGUCAGUGAUUGAACCGGUUCGUAACUUUGCUAAUUGUGAGGGAGCGGACAAACGGAAAUUGGCGAAAGUGAGUUCGGUGGUGAGAAUGGAGUCUGUCACACACUCGUCGGAGAUGACAACGAUGACGUUGGCCAAUGACGUUGCUGAGGAAGGCUCUUGUAAGGAUUCGGUUGAUUCGCCCAAAGUGGCAACGCCAGACUCUACGACGACUACUGCAGAUGUGAGUGAGCUCGUUGCCAAGAUAACUCAGUUGGAGUCCGACAAUUGGCAGUUGACGAAAGAGCGUCAGUACUAUUGCAGUCUCGUGGAGUCAUCGAAGACGAACCUAAUAGACUUGAAGAAAAGUAUGUUUGAAACCCUGACUGGUUUACAGCAUGAGCUGAUUGAGCAGCAAGAAGCAAAUGCUGUACUUAAGUUACGAGUCGAAGAACUUGAGGCAGAGAUUGAUCGAACUCGACCUCUCAUGGCUGUGGCAGAUCAAAUGGUUGCUCUCGGCAAAGUCGUCGCUGAUGAAAACGAAACUCUCAUCAAACAACUUGAAAAGGCGUCUGAAUCGUUGUUGCUGGCAUCAGAAAAGGCAAAGUCUGGUCCAUCACAGAAACUGCUUGAGUUUUCGAGGAAACUACAAGAAGAGAAGCAACAGCAGACGCAAGCGUUAGUACUGAGAGAGUUCCUAAUGAGUGGCGAAGCAGACCUGGAGAUGAAGCUGACAGACUUGGGUCACAUCGAAGACGAGAUGAGAGAAGCUUCGACUCUUGUCACCAGUUUACAGGAUGAAAAGGUGGCGUUGGAGCAUCAGCUGAGUGAGGCUGAGAGGAAACUAGCCGAUCAGAGUGAAAGAGACAACCAAGAGACGGCGUUGUUACAGAAUCAGCUCACUGACAUAUCACAGAAGUUGGCAGCUGAAGAGCAGGCAAUGGAGGAAAAGGCACAAGAAAACACACAUUUGGAAGAGGAAGUGUAUAAUCUGAGGCAACGGCUGCAAACAGCUGAGAGAAUAAACAGAACUUUGUCUGAACAGGCUGGUAAUUCUGAUCAGAGGAAGAGUAUGCUGCAAGAAGAGCUCACAAAUGUUCAAGAGGAGCUUUCUAAACUUGUUACUGAGAAGGGACAGUUGAAAAAUGAGCUUGCUAAUCUGAAGGGUUCUUUACUUGGUAAUGACGAGUUAGAAGAUCUACUACAUGAAUCGUCAGCAAGUCCAGAAGAGUCACCGAUAAGGCAGAGGCAAUCACAGAUGACACGUUUAGAGAUGACUCUAGAGUUGGCGGCGUUUAAGGCGAGACUUCAAGUGGAGGCGGACACCAACGAGAAGAUGACGAAGCUGAAGUCUAAACUAGAGAGAGAGCAGCUAGCACGGCAGACGUCCGAGCUCGGAUCAUACAAUGCCCCAAAAUGGGUUCAAGAGCUUGAACUUCGGAAAAUAGAGAAACGUCGGCGACCGUCAAAGAUUCGAGAUCCCGAGAGACUUUCAUUCCGAGAGAAACUGGAAAUCUUCCUGCAGCCACAAUAAACUAUCUCUACCAGUAAAUCGUUUUUAAUCUCACUUCCCAAUCUUCAAGCGCCGUUUUGCAAGAAUAAUGCAUAUUGAUAUCAACUCCGGUUUUUGUGUAUCCGAUAAUUUUUACCGUUCUAGUCAAAUAGAGUGCGAACUGAGUUUUAGAAAUGAGACAGCAGCGGCAUGUUCAAAGAUUGAAAAGGCAUGAUGUUACAGUCAAUACCAGGCAUUGUCUCUGAUUCUG